ACGGAAGAUGCGCAGGCCGCAAGAAGCUCCGCCGGGAGCUCAGUAUCUCCAUCCGGCCGGGUCGAAUCGAGUGCCGAGCGAUCGACCCAUGGUUGCUAGGCGACCAGGGCUGCUGUGCCCGCAGGUGUUCUUAAAAGAUUCGGGUUUCGGAGAAGAAAAACCUCAAGCCUCGCCCGGGUCUUCCUUGACUUGAUACAUUUUAUAACUGCAAGAGAGCAGUCUUUCCUUUGAUGAGGCAAAGACCCCAGCAAUGAAAGAGCAAGUGUAAGUUUGCAAACACCCUAAAAGCUUCUUCCAUUAGACCUGGUCGUGGGAAACCACAGGGACAGUCAAGUGAUUUUCAAGGAGAAAUCCUCUGGUCCACUUUCCCUCCGCCGCAGGUUCCUGGGAGGAGCUCUUCUCAAAUCCUGAAGAUUGCUAGGCUCUUGGCUAACGACUCAUCUCUUGAAGACCUAGAGUGGUGGAUUACAGGCAUUGAAAAGCUUUUGGUGGCUUUGGAAGAUGACUGUUUGGUGUGAGCUCACCUUUCCAGGCUGGGGGGCCAGGCAGAGGAACCCCCUUUGUUAUCUUUUGAAAUAAGAUCAGCGGGAACACGGGGUUUGAAGUGUGGAUUAGGAGGUCCUACCUCUUUGCCUGGCACCUCCGCCUGAAUCUUCAUAAAAAGAUCGAGUAGUGCAAUGAACUUCAGGAAUCAUGCAACGUUUCCUUGAAGCCUGUCCAGGAACCUAACUUCUGGACCCAGAAAUGUCCCAAAGACUGAUCCGCCGAGCCAGGCAGUGUGGAUGCUCCAGCACUUCUGCUUCGACUUCUUCUAUUGAGAGAUUGACUUCUUGGGUGAUUUGUGUGCCUUCGGGCGAAUGAUGGAGGCAUGUAAACCGGCGGGAGUGCUGGCCUUGCCCUACUCGCUGCGCACAGCGCCCCUGGGCGUGCCGGAGACCCUGCCCGGACUCCCGCGGAGGGACCCGCUCAGGGUCGCCCUGCAUGUGGACGCGGUGUGCUGGGAGUCGCGCGGCGGCUGCGCGCGGAGACGGCAGUACCUGCCCCUGCCGCUGGACGGCGCCUUCGAGCCCUCCUUCCUCCGCAGGCGCAACGAGCGCGAGCGGCAGCGGGUGCGCUGCGUGAACGAGGGCUACGCGCGCCUCCGAGACCACCUGCCCCGGGAGCUGGCGGAUAAGCGCCUCAGCAAAGUGGAGACGCUCCGCGCCGCCAUCAGCUACAUCAGGCACCUGCAGGAGCUGCUAGAGCGCCAGGCCCGAGGGCCGGAGGGCGCGGCCGGCGCGCCUCCCCUCAGGGCGGAAUGCAACAGCGACGGCGAGUCCAAGGCCUCCUCGGCGCCUUCGCCAGCAGCGAGCCCGAGGAGGGGGGCAGCUAGCCAGCGCCCAGACCGGCCGGGACCCCGGACCCCGGACCCCCGGGCCUGCCGCACGGCUCUCAGCCUACGGUCCUCCCCGAAGGGGUUUGCAUUCUGGUAUCUUCUCCAAGCCUAAAUCUUAGGAAAAAGAAAUGGGUGCUGGGGUUGCGGGGGAGGGAGCUGUUUUGACAUUUGGGAAUUUCUCCCUUCCCUUAUUUGUUAAGUGCCUGGACUUACGGGUGCUUAUUAAGGAAACUUCCAUACUUCUAAAAUGCAACCUGUUCCAGAUUCUGAGCGCCUCGUUGUAAAUACGAUUAGUCUAAAAAACUCACAGGCGAGAAUAACUGGAAUUUCCUACCAUCCGUAGUGUGAGUAAAUUGUACACAUAAAUAUUAAACCUUAACCAAAGAAGAAUUUUACGCCACCAAAACAAAAACAACCCAAACAGCCGAAAACAGUCUUUAAAAUGACAGCAACAUUUUCUUGCAUUCCUUCCUUUGGGAAUUAUAUUCGAAUUUAAUUGAAAAAAAUUUUCGACCUCCUGCUUUGGGUGAAGGAGACUGUAAGCUGAUACUUGAGAACUCAUUUGCCAACACGUGCUGCUGACUGUGUAAAUGAUGGUGCCAGGGAAGCCAUGGAUUGAUACACACUGUUUCAUCCAGUGGUCACGUGGAAGCUUUGUAGCAUUGAGCGGAUGAUAAAAUGUCUCAGAACUAAUGAUCUUUUUGGAAUAGAACCCAGAUUUGUAAGAAAACUUGUUUUUCCUCUCAAUUGUUUUGUCCACUGUUUUUUUCAUUUCCUUUUCUCUGCAUUUCCCUACCUCACCCCUUGUAGCUCUCCAGCUAAGCUUUGGAUAAACUAAAGUGGCACUGUGACUUUAAAAAUAAACAGUGGACUUCUACUUGGAAGUCCUUUUUGAGGGCUGAACAGGAUGGGGGAAAAGAUCUGGACAAGAGGGCUGGAUUGGGGUUGGCACAUUCUCAAAUACUUUUAUCACCAUGAGGCUUCCAGGUACAGUAUGUGGAAAUUAUGUAGUGAUUUUGGCCAUGUUAAAAGUCUUUUUAAAAUAUUUAAUUGGGGUCCCUUUUUUUUUCUGAGAAACAAUUUCGAGUUCAGUAGAUAAGUUAAAUGCUUGUGGAUGUAUGAAAAUAAACGUCCCUAAGUCUGUUUUCUAAUAUGCUGAAUUAUCCUUUCCAUGGAGGAAGCUUUGGUUUGUGGGGGAAGAAGGAGGGGAAAGGGAAAUGGACAAGGAGAACUAACAGUGGAAGUGCAUCCUCCAGGUAGAUUUCACUUCAAUUUUAUUAUCCUUUUACAGAUGUAGCAACUAAGGCAGGCUAUAUUUUCAGUGGAUAUCUUUUAUGUGCCAGGAAUUUUGUUGUGGUGUUUUACAUUUUGUCCUAUUUAAUUGUCAUAAAUUUGUGGGGUGGGUACGACACAUAUUUGUGGUUUAAGAAAAAAAAUUAUGAAGCUCAAAGAGGUUACAUCCCAUGACCAGUUUAAUGUUCCUAGGAUUCCUUGAGGUGAGACCCAGUCCUGAGCCUGAACCCAAGUCCAGGAUUUCUUUCUCCCUUGCCAUGCCAUCUCCUGCUCUGUCAUUUGCUAGUAGGGUUACUGGAGCUAAUGUUUCUGCGACUCAGUUUCUCACCUAUACAGAAAUGUUCACAGAAGUUUAUGUGAAAGACCUGGUAAUCUGCAAGGUGCCAACCAAUGACAAAUUAGUAGUGUUAUUAUUUUGGGGGAAAUACUAUUUCUCAGUUUAUGGAAAGUAAAGCCUGGUUAAGAAUAAAAUCUCUAGGUGGCGUUAGUGUGAUUUCUUCAGUGUUUCAAAAGAGGGACAGAGUGACCACACUCUCUUACUUUCUCUGGUAAGGUUCUAGGAUACAUGCUUUGAACACUGAAUCCAUGUUAAAACUGUAAUUGGCCGGGUACAGUGGCUCACCCUGUAAUCCUAGCACAAUGGGAGGCAAAGGUAGAUGGAUCUCUUGAGCUCAGGAAUUUGAGACCAGCCCAGGCACUGGGAACCUUAAUGUGGUUUUGUUUGAAGCCCUGUUGAGAAUAAGGCAAUGAUUUUGAGAAAACUUUGGAAAAAUAAAAAUAAAACCCUCUCUCAGCUUGGUGUGGUGGCUCAUGCUGUAGUCCUAGUACUUUGGGAGGCCAAGGCAGAAGGAUCAGUUGAGGCCAGGAGCAUGAGACCAGCCCUUGGCAACAUACAGAAACCUUGUCACUACAAAAUUUAAAAUUUUAUCCAGGCUUGUGGCACACCUCUGUAGUUCCAGCCUGGGCUGGAGUGAGGCUGUGAUUAAAAUAAUAAUAAUAGUUUAAUGAAAACCCUCACAAUCAUAUAACUUUUUAAAAUAGAAAAAUAAAUCAUGCAGUUUCUCUGGGGCCUUCUCAUGACGUACAGGGAAGCAUCAAUCCAGGAAUGAGACCUUUUAAAAUGUUCAACCUCUUUUCCUGCAAAUGUUCAGUUCAUUAACCCUAGAACAAUUUGACUUUCUAAAAGAACAAAAUUAAUUUCCAGUGAAUUUUGUGGAAGCAAGAGUGGAGGGGAGUUUUGAGGCAAUGAAGCAUUCAUGAAAGGAGAAGGAUUUUCAUGUCCUUCAACAUCUUCCCUUUUUUUCCGCUCAGCCCAGACAUAUCCCUGAUUGCACUUGAUUGCUUUUAGAAUACUCCCUGUGGUUGGCAACCUGAGGAAUUGUCGUGACACCCCACCCGCAGUGUGCAAAGCAAGAGGGGCUGUGUUGGGGGUGUGGCAGAGCGUGCCCUGGUCCUGGGGCUGGAUCCAUCUCUUGCCACUCACCGACCUGGUGAUUUUGAGCAAGUCCCUAACUGUUGUGUUCUCAGUUUCCUAUGCUAGGACACAUAGAGAGGAUCACAUUAUCUUUUAGACUCUUCCAGCUGGAAAAUAUCAUUCAUCCACCCUGUGCAAAGACCAGCUGGGGAAAGCAAAUAUGACAAGGCAUGCCCACUUCCUGCCACACAGCACGGUGCUUUCUAUUCCUGUGUUCUCUCUUCCCACUAGAAUGAGCCAGCUCUGUGGCUGCAGCCUACUUUUUUUUUGAGUCCUAAUUGCUGUUACCAUGCCCAGUUAAA